AUGACUUUGGAAGAAGUUAAGCAGCAACGGGCUAAUACUAAGAAAAGUAUAACCCGCAUCAAAAACCAAGUUGAAGCCAAUGGAAGGGGUGAAGGUAAGACACUUUCGUCAGCCGAGUUGAAGUGCCGUUUGGGGAUUUUGGAGUCAUAUUUCAAGCAGAUACUGACGUAUCAAACCCAAAUUGAGAAAUAUGAUCCUGAUGACAAUGGUAGGCCCGAAAUUGAAGACUUGUACAUCGCAGUGAAGAUGAAUAUUCAAGCGCAACUUGGUGAGGAUGUCCACAAUACAACCAUGUCCGACUCUACAAUUUGUUUUCCUGUUAACAACAAUAAAUUGCCUCAGCUCAAAUUGCCCACAUUUAGUGGUAAGUACAGUGAGUACAAAAAUUUUAUAACGUCGUUCAACCAAGUUAUCGAUCGUGAGUUUGGCCUAUCGAAUAUCGAAAAAUUUAACCAUUUGCUGAACUGCCUCCAAGGCCAAGCAUUGGAAACGGUCAAGGCUUUCCAGAUUACGAAUGAAAAUUACCCCAAGGCUCUGGAAAGGCUGAAAACGCGUUACGACAAUAGCUCACUGAUUUUUAUGGAAAAUAUUACCACUCUAUUUGAACUUCCAGCCAUGUCCAAAUACAAUUGCGCACAAUUACGAAGUCUCGUUGAUAAUGUUUCUGCUCUUUAUAGCUCUCUUUUGUCUCUAGGCUCAGAUAGUGACAUUGCUAAUUCGAUGCUGAUCUACAUAGUUUUGGAAAAGGUUGAUGAUGAGACAAAAAGAAAAUGGAAAGACUCUUUGGAUUUCACUGAACUGCCAUCAUGGGAUGAUUGCUCCAAGGUUCUUGAAAGGCAUUGCCAAUUUUUGGAAUCGGUUGACACCAGCCAUACAAAUGUGGCCCACCGUAAGCCUGACAAUCAUCAAUCUGGUAAGUCCAAAUAUAAAAGCUCAAAAACUGGCUAUUCUUUUUCGGUUUCGAAACGUGUUUGUGUUCUUUGCACAAAAACUGACCACACAAUUACUCGUUGUCCUCGCUUCAAAGAUAUGGAUGUCGGUCAACGUUUUGAAAAUGUCAAACGACUUGGGCUUUGUCUUAAUUGUUUGUCAAAAGGUCAUCAAGUUAACAGCUGUUCCUCUACAUUCAAGUGCAAAUCUUGUUCUCGCUUGCAUCACAGUUUGCUUCAUCGGUCUCAGUCAGCUUCUAGGCCCUCGUCCCCGACUACUGAACCAUCUACUUCUCGUGCUGCCUUGAAUGACUCUCAUGCCUCGGUCCAUACUCAUAUGGAAAAAUCCUCACCGGAACAGGUGCUUCUUGCUACUGCCAUGGUUCUAGUUCGUGACGCUACAGGUCAAUUCGGACGUGCUUUGUUGGAUUCUUGCUCUCAAUUGAAUUUCAUUACGGAUGAAUUUUCUCAAAAAUUGCACUUGCCUCGUAGAAAACAAACUACAGAAGUCGCUAGCAUUGGUAAUACUCAUAGUAAAACGAAAUAUAGGUCGUCAACAAAUGUGAAAUCUCGAGUUACUGAUUUUAAAGUGUCCCUUUCAUUUUGUGUCACACCUCAUAUUUCUUAUCAACCUGAUGCUGAAUUAGACGUCUCAACCUGGAAUUUGCCCCCAAAUACUCAGCUUGCAGAUGAAAACUUUUUCAAAUCAAAACGAAUUGACUUGCUUAUUGGUACAGAAACUUUCUUUGAUAUUUUGUCAGUUGGUCAAAUUAAACUUGGUCCGAAUUUGCCAAAAUUACAUAAAACUCUAUUUGGAUGGAUUGUAGCUGGUCGUUAUUUAUCAAACCAAUCGAACGAUACUGGUUCUUCUUGUAUGCUCUCGAUAGAAGAGGAAGUUGAUUUAAAAUUACAACGAUUGUGGGAAAUCGAAGAAAUUCCAUCUGGCUCAAAUACUUUGACUCCGGAACAAGCUGAUUGUGAAUCGUUUUUCAAUAAUACUGUCCAUCGUGAACCUACCUAG